UUCUUGAUUCGGAUUCGGAUUGUGAUCUUCCUUUCGUUUUCUGUUCUGGGUUCUUGGGAUUUUUGGAUUUUCUUUCUGAAUUUGUAAGGAUGGGUUCUGGGUGGUUUUGAAUUUGAUCUGAGAAGCGUCGGGGUUUUCAUUGGUGUUCUUCUGAUGGGUUUUGAUCACUUUUUCGAACGCUUUGGAUCGUUUCUGGAUGAGAUAUAAACAGAAGGAUCAAACUGAAGAACACUUUGAACUCAGAAUUGUGACUUCUUUUACAUUUGACUGAUAUUUGAUUCAUUCGGACCGAUCCCAGUUCUUCCAUCUUUCAAAGAAUUUUUUGUAUCUAAGAUUUUGAUCGAAAUGGGUCUCUCCAGCCUUCCUGCCCCUUCUGAAGGAGUACUAGGAGUGAUCCUUGUGAAUACGGCAAUAUCGAUUUCCAUCUUCAAAGGCAUAGUUCGGUCGAUCCUCCAUGUCGUUGGCAUCCAUCUUUCGACACCAUCAUCAUCAGAUUCCAUGGAGAAUUCUCCUGAAUCCAUAGACUUCUGUCUUAAUCCAAAUGGAGGCUACAUUGAAGAGUUUCGUAGUCGGAUCCCAGCGAUUCUGUUCGACAAAGUUCGUAGCUGCAAAUGGCUAGAACACGACUGCUCGGUCUGCCUUACCCAAUUUGAACCUGAAUCAGAGAUUAACCAUUUAUCUUGUGGCCAUGUUUUCCACAGAGUGUGCUUGGAGAAGUGGCUGGACUACUGGAACAUUACUUGCCCACUGUGUCGAACUCCAUUAAUGCCCGAAGAAGAGACAGCCUCCUGCUUCUGGUGAGCAUUAUGAACAUUAUGAACACAUUAUGGUUAAGGAAUAUCAUUCCAUGUACAGCAGCAUAGUGUAUAGAUAAUCUUAAAAGUGCAUCCGCAGGCCAUAGAAUUUGUACCUUGAAGCGUGAUGAGUGUGUGACCCUCUGUUAUUUCAUUGUAAAUAUGAAGCUUUCUGUUUGUCUUC